AUGUCGGCAAUAGGUCGUAAACUGUGCAUUAUUAAUCUUGAUCCAGCGAAUGAUGCUUUGCCAUACCCUGAUUGUUCAUUAGAUAUACGAGAUUUCGUUACUUUGGAAGAAAUAAUGGAAGAGCUAAACUUAGGCCCAAAUGGAGGGAUGAUGUAUGCGUUAGAGAGCUUAGAUGAGAGUGGAAUAGAUGCAUUUAUAAGUAAGAUUAAUAAGCUAGUGGAAGAGCGAAACUACCUAAUAUUUGAUUGUCCUGGUCAAGUAGAACUUUUCACGCAUCAUAACUCAUUAUACAAGAUCUUUAAGAAGUUAGUGAAGUCCAAGGAUUUAAGGUUGUGUGUCGUUUCGCUAGUUGAUUCUAUAUAUCUUACCAGCCCAUCGCAAUACAUCUCGAUUUUGCUCUUGAGCUUAAGAUCUAUGUUACAGUUAGAUUUACCUCACGUAAAUGUAAUAUCGAAAAUUGAUAUGUUGAAGAGAUAUGGCGAAUUACCGUUCAGAUUGGAUUAUUAUACUGAAGUUCAGGAUUUAAAAUAUCUUACACCGUAUUUGGAAAAGGAAUCGAAUUCGGUGCUAGGGAAAAACUUUGUUAAAUUAACAGAGAUGAUAGGAGAAUUAGUGGAAGACUUUAACUUAGUAGCAUUUGAGGUUUUGGCGGUAGAAAAUAAACAGUCUAUGAUAAACCUAUUAAGUGUCAUUGACAAAGCAAAUGGUUAUAGUAUUGGUACCAGCGAGGUUGGUGCUGAUUCAAUUUGGAGCGAGGCAGUUAGACAAGGCACCUUGCCGGGUUAUAAAGAAAUAGACAUACAUGAAAGAUGGAUUGAGCAUAAAUUCGAAUAUGAUGAACAAGAGAAAAAGGAAGAACAAGAAAUGACCAAUCAAUAUGCUCAAGAUUCAUCACAACAAGAAUUAACAGAAGACGAAGAAUUGGAGUUAGCAAUAAAAGACUGGGAAUCUAAAAGACAAGGGACAGGGGAAACUCAGAAUUAG